CAUCUACCUAACUAAAAAUCUCAAAAUCUCAGGUGAAUGGGAAUACUGGUACGGAUUAUUAGUGGGCAAGAAAAAGAGAAUAUUUAUAUAUCAAAUCAAAUAGUCGAUUGAUUUUCUAUUUUUCAUUUUCUCGCGAAACAAACAACCAGACCAGAAAGUUCCACAAGCUUAUGAUAAGGAAGGAGUUCUUCAGUCUAGUAGGAGAGAUUUAGAGAGAGAUAAGAUGAAGAAGCUGAAGAGCUAUUACAUGCAUCUGAGGCAGCCACAAAGCAUUGAACGAAAAUGGAUCUUUCCAUUAGCGAUAGGCUCAAUUGUCUCCCUCUUCCUUCUCUUCCUCACCACACUAACUUCAUCGGACGGUACGCCUUUGCUUCCCUUUUACCGAUCGUUUACGUCUUACAGUUCCGUAUUCGUUGAAUCAAAGCUCAAACCCGUUCCGGUAUCUAAUCUCCCUCCACCGCCGCGCUUUGCUUAUCUCAUUUCUGGCUCCAAUGGCGACGGGAAAAUGCUCAAAAGGACCCUUGAAGCCCUAUACCACCCUCGGAAUAGCUACGUCGUGCACCUCGACCUUGAGUCGCCGCCCCAGGAGAGAUUGGAUCUGCAGAAUUACGUCAACGACCACCCGACUUUUAAGAAAUUCGGGAAUGUGAGGAUGAUUACUAAGGCAAAUCUCGUGACCUAUCGGGGCCCUACUAUGGUCGCCAACACGCUUCAUGCUGCCGCGAUUUUGUUGAAGGAAGGCGGCGAUUGGGAUUGGUUUAUUAAUCUCAGUGCUUCCGAUUACCCUCUCGUUACUCAGGAUGAUCUGCUACACACGUUUUCGUACUUGCCGCGUGAUCUUAAUUUCAUUGAUCAUACCAGCAACAUUGGGUGGAAAGAGUACCAGCGAGCGAAGCCAAUAAUUGUGGAUCCUGGGUUGUAUAUGACAAAGAAACAGGAUGUUUUUUGGGUUACACAAAGGAGAAGUGUGCCAACUGCUUUCAAACUUUUUACAGGUUCGGCUUGGAUGGCACUCUCAAGGCCUUUCAUUGAUUACUGCAUAUGGGGAUGGGACAACCUACCUCGAACUGUUCUCAUGUAUUAUGCAAAUUUUAUUUCAUCACCUGAAGGAUACUUCCAUACUGUUAUUUGUAAUGCUCAAGAGUUCCGCAACACAACUGUCAAUACUGACCUGCACUACAUAUCAUGGGACAAUCCUCCCAAGCAACAUCCCCACCACCUCAAUCUUGCUGACAUGCAAAAGAUGGUUAACAGUAAUGCUCCUUUUGCAAGGAAAUUCCGCCAAGAUGAUCCAGUACUUGACAAAGUUGAUUCUGAGCUCUUGUUUCGAGGUCCAGGCAUGCUUGUUCCUGGUGGUUGGUGCAUAGGAGGUAAGGAGAAUGGCACUGAUCCGUGCUCUGUUAUUGGUGAUACUACAGUCCUCAGGCCUGGCCCUGGUGCUAAAAGACUUGAAAUCUUAACCAGCUCUCUGUUGUCAAAUGAAAAAUUUCGACCAAGACAGUGCAAAUAACACAGCCCCAAUAUUCUUUUUAGGAAAUGUUUCUUGUGCAAAUUGAUUUUAGUUUCUUACUUUAAUAUGGAAGAAGGUGCCAUUUUUGGCAGAAAGGAAAUGGGGGAAAGCAUACUUAUAUCUUUGGCUUAUGGAAUGGCAAGGAGACAUUGGAUUUGGCAAGUUAAUUAAUCAAUGAGCUCGGAAUUUACUUCCUGCUGCGAUGGCCCCGGUAUGCGCCAAUCAAACUGAUACACUAGCAUAGUGCACUGUUCCCCUUUUCUAUUUUUGUACAAUUUUAGAACUGUAUUUUCUGGUCCAGCUGUUUCCACCGCAGUGGGAAAACACAAAUGUUGGACUGACCAUGGGUGUAAAAUGUAUUGGAAGAUGACUUCGAGAGAGGAAUUAAAGAAAACCCUUUACCUCA